AUGUUACUUCGUGGCAUUAGGUAUUGUUCAACGUUUCAAUCUUAUUUACAAGAACGUGAUCAUCUACGAAUGGUAUUACUUCUCAACCACUAUCCAAUAAAGUUUAUCGAUCAACAAUUUAAUCGUGUCCUCGAAAAAUUCAAUAUUAUUCAACUAUUAACAUCGAAUAAUUAUGAUACAAUUCGUUUACAAAUUAUCAAUAGUCCAAAUAAAGUUAAAGAACCAAUUAAUUAUGGUCGAUCAAUGUUCGUUCACUUUACUAUUGUUCCAGUAUGA